AAAUUGGGGUCUCUGGCUUUUCCUCAAUAUUUCAAUUGGUCCUCUCUCUCUUCUCUCUUCUCUCUAUAGGGCUCCAUUGUCGUCUCGUCGUCGUGGGUUCCCACUAGCAGCUUUCUUGUCUUCCUCCAUUGGUUUCUCUCCCCCUUUUCUUUUCCUUCAAUCAACCAAAACAGAGGUUUUUUUGCUCUUUCUCUAUUGUUUCACUCUUUUAGGUCCAAAGUUUUCAUCUUUCUUUUAUUUUGUUUCGUAUUCUGUGAAUCGUUUUUGUUUUACUGAGGAGUGGUAAAGUUCAGUUUUUAAAGAUUUUUGGGUGUUUGGGUUAAGAAAGCCAUAGAGAGAGAGAGAAAGAUUGAAACUUUCAUGUGAAAUUUUUUAGGGUUUGUGAAUUGGGGAAAAAGCAAUCAGAUGGCUCAACAGAGACAGUUUCAGAUGGAAGGUAAUCAUAAUAAUAGUAGUGGUAGUACGAACGAUACCAAGUUGACGAAAAUCUUCGUGGGAGGAUUAGCCUGGGAGACGCAGAGAGAUACAAUGAGGCGUUACUUUGAACAGUUUGGUGACAUUGUUGAAGCUGUUGUCAUUACUGACAAGAACACUGGAAGAUCCAAAGGAUAUGGAUUUGUGACGUUUAAGGAUGCUGAAGCAGCCAUGAGAGCUUGUCAGAAUAUGAAUCCUGUGAUUGAUGGAAGAAGAGCUAAUUGUAACCUCGCUUGUCUUGGUGCUCAGAAACCUCGUCCUCCUACUUCUCCUAGACAUGGAGCAGGGAGAUUCAGAUCACCAGGAUCAGGAGUAGGAUUAGUUGCUCCUUCUCCUCAGUUUCGAGCCUCUUCUUCUUCCUCUGCUUUUGUUCAUCAGCACCAACAACAACAACAACACACUGGUCAAUUCCCAUUUCCUUACCCUGCUGCUUACGGAUUUGCUGGCUAUUCUCAAGAGGGAAUGUACCCAAUGAACUACUACAAUCAUCAUCUCUAUGGAGGACAACAGUUUUCACCAUAUGUGGGACAUCCAUCAUCAGGAUCAACAGGAAUGUACCAUGGCUAUUAUCCAUUCUAUGCUCAAUACAACGCAGCACAAAGUAGCAAUCAAGCUCAAGCUCAAGCUCAACAUCAUCAAGGUUUCAGCUUUCAGUACACUGCACCACCACCUCCUCCUCUGCUGCAAUAUCCUUACUUGCCUCACCAGCAACACUUUAGUUCUCAGCAGCAAUUCAGCUCUCAGCAGCAGCCUCCGCCUCCAGUCCUCUCCCUCCCAACCUCUCUAGCUCUAUCAUUGCCAUCAACUUCAUCACCAUCCUCUACAACUUCCACCUCAGCUGCAACGACAGCAGCAACAAAAAGAGUAGUUAUUACUACAGCGACAAAGAAUGCAGCAGCAGCAGCUGAAACAAGCAGCACCAAAGAUGGCCAUGAAGCAAUUACAACAUCAACCAUCAAGAUAGAAGAUUGAUUCAGUACUACUACUACUACAAUAGCCAGAGCAAGGGAUAAACUUCAGUGUACACUAACUCAUCAUCAAUCUCUCCAACAACGUUGCUAGAAACAUUCAUUCAUCGGUCUUAGGAGUCUAGAAUCUUAAUUAGUACUACUACUUAGGAGAAGGAGGAAGGAAGGAAGAAGAAGGAAACAAUCAUAUCACAUUCUUUUUUUUUUUGUUGGUUAUUUCAAGAUUCAUAUUGCAUUUUAGGUUAAAGAAUCAAGAGAAGGCAUUGGUUGCCUUUUUUAGAUUCUUAGAAGAAGGAAAAAAAAAACAUGGAUGGAUGCAGAAAGCAUCAUCAUCAGAUUAUUACAUUCAUUUGGGGAUUUAUUUUUCAGGUUCAGAAGAAAUGUUUUAUGUCUUCUUUUGAACCCAAACUGGAUUUCUAAGCUUCGGAUAAGCCUUAGAAAUCCCUUUUUUUCUUUUUUCUUUUCACAUAUGUAAUUCUUGAAAUUGUUAUAAUUCAGUCACAUUGCUUCUU